CCUGCGGUCACAAACAAACAUGGCCGACUCAAGCUUGGAUGACAUUAUCAAACAGCGCAAAAUUCGCUCGGGACUGUUACCAGCAAAUAGAAAUGACUUGAGUGGUGCCAUUGGAAGAGGCCGUCCUUUUGUUAAAGCACGCCAAUAUCAGCCAGUCCAUUCAGAUAUGGAAGUUGAGCCUCAGGUGGUUGGUGAUGCACGGAACAGAAUUAUUCAGAAGAAAAGGGAGCGAUUCCCAGAUGCCCGUGAUCGUCUUGCAGAAAUUGCUAAGCAGGGAGAUGCACGUGAAAAGAUCAAUAAGAUCAGGAAAGUCUCCGGCACAGUGACCAACAGAAUAAAUAAAAACCCAGUUGCUUGGAAGAAUACAACUGUAGUUGAAAAAAGCAUACGGAAUGAAAACCAUGCAUCAGAUUUAAAAGGCAAGACACGUAUGCAAGGAUCUUUCUUGUUGCGGACAGUGGCUGGUAGAGAUACGGCUGGAGGAAAAAAUAUUGCAGCUCGAGGAAGAUCUGAUGUCCUGACAAGAAAGUUGCCUAACAAUGGUAGAACACGAUCUGUUGCAAAACCAGCUAGUGAUAGUAGCCGAUAUCAUCCAUUACCAAAUAAUCCUCAUGUUGUCACAAUCAAGAAUGAGAAAGCCGAGUUAUAUAACUCAUAUAUUCCAGAGUUAAACAGUUACAGGCAACAGGAGAUGAGGCCUGCACGGAUUAAGUUGACUGCACGAAGCCCAUCCUAUAGGUCACUGGGCCUUAACACGGUUGCACAAAAUUACGGUUUAAGUGGAAUGCGAUCAGAUUUUCUAUCGCAUUCAAGGUCCCCAAUUUAUCGACUGAGGAGGUCACCAGAACUGGAGGAGAUACGACCAACUCGGCUGAAAAUCACCACUGCCAAUAAUUACAGGGAACCAAGUCCACAAUAUAGUGAUGAAUGGGACUCCCAACCCAGAUUACCAAUGAGACUGCCAACUAGAACACCUGGGGGAAGACUUCAUUCAGAAAUUCCUGAAAGAUUAGCAGUCAGGCUUCCAGCCAAAAAGAGACCUUUGUAUGAAGAUGAAGAGGUGGAAUCCCUUAGCCGCCCCAAGAAGAUAGCUCCUAUAUCAUCUGGUUUGAUGGCUCGUUUAGACCAGCCACAACAUCUUCCUGCAUCACAAGGAGGAAAGGUUCUUGUGACCAAUUUGCAUCACUGUGUAAGCGUAGAAGACAUGGAAGAAUUAUUCGGAACUAUUGGACCAAUCCUCUCUGCUCGAAUGGUUAGGGAAGGAGUUGCUGAGGCUGUCUUCAUGCAUAUGGAAGAUGCUUAUAGGUCAGUUGAAGUGUUCAACAAUCGACAACUUGAUGGACAGCCAAUGUGUGUGACGGUAGUUGGCAAGAAGACCACGUCUACCCCACCUGCUCCACCUCCUGCUCCUAGAACACAGACAAAAUCAGUUUUGAAAGCUGCCAGUGGAAGCAGCAACAUGAACAGAAGCCUACCAAGCCUAAGAGGGUUUAAACAUGAUGGUCGAGUAGCACCAGACAUCCCUACGAUCCAUCAGGCACUCUUCAACAGGUCGCAGGCACCCACAUCCAAUCAUGUGUUCCUUGUCAAGCUUCCUAAGCAGCCUACAAGAAAGACUCUUUCCUAAAUGUUUGGAAUUCGGCUUAGGACUGUCAUUACAAGGAUCAAAUGCACAUACCAUAUUGGGUUUUGAAUGAUAUACCUUAUCCGGUUUUUAGUUACAAAACAGGAAAAAUUCAGAGGAGGGUUUUUGAGAGAGGUAGUUUGUGCUGAACCAAAAGAAUGUAAUAUCUUAUAAUUAUUGUAUAUCUAACUGAUUAAGCUAUUAUUUUUUGUGAAUAUUUUCUUUAAUUUGCAGCAGUAAUCACUAGAGGUCACUUGUAAGAAUAGCUAAUACUCAGAAGUGCCCUGUACUGACUACAGCAUUCAUAGAUUUAUUUAGAAUAUUGUACAAAGCCACUUAUCAUAUUUAAGCUGUUUCUUUUUAAUUUUUUUUUUUUU